GGAAAAUUGGAUAAAUAGGACACUUUGAACUUGGAUUUGUCACAUUAGGAUUUCUAGAAGAUAUUUUAGGAAAAUAGGAUUUUAGAUCUUGUAAAAUACCAAAGUACCCUUAAUUUACCAAUUAUGUUGAAUUUAAAUUAUAAAUUAUAAUAAUUUUCGUAAUAGAUUUUAAUGUUAAAAUUAAAAUCUAUAAAAAUUAAAAAAUAAAAAAAAACACUAAAUGGGAAAAAAGGAGACGCGGGAUGCCGCAAACCUAAUUCCCCUUUCUCUUUGUCUUCUCCGUCGUAGACUCGUCGCUCUCCCACGGCGAUUUAGGGUUCAACGGUGAGAAGCUCUGUUCUUCGUCGGUGUUUCAUCAGCCCGUGGUCUCUACUCUCGUCUCCGUCACCAUCCUUUUCGAUCUCACUGAAGACACAACGGCUGCGAAUCGUUCUUCCUCUUCGUCGGGUCAAAUCGAUUUUCGAAGUGUUCUUCCAUCAAUUUCGCCUCUCAAUCUCACAAUUCUUCACAGAAGGUAUUGGAUUUCAUCUAUAGAUUCUCAUAUUAAACGAAAUCGAAGUGUUCUUCCAUUAAAGCUUGAUUUUUUUUUAAAAUGAUUUGCCGUGUUUCUUAAAAUAAUUUUGUUUCACGGAUUGGUUGAUAUUAUUGAAACCUUUACAUGUGUGAUGAUAUUGAAACCUUUACAUGUUGAACUAAUAAUUUUGUCACGGUUUGUAGCUAUGUCUGAGGAGCUACCGAAGAGGCUUUUUAAGGAGGGCGAGGAGCCCCGAGUUACUCAGAUCAACAACAACUGCAGGAUCGACUACAUAAUCCGAAAGUUCCAAGCGUGGCUGCCAAAGGAGUUGGAUGUCGUGAAGAAAGACCCGGUUUUUCAUCAGAUUUUUAAGCUCCAUGAGAAUGGUCUUGGAUACUCUGCGAGGGUGAUACACAGCUUCUUGUGUAGGGAGCUGGUGACUUUCUUACAGCACGAGCUAUGGUUUGUCUUUGCGAGGAGACCGCUUCGAUUCUCAUUGCAAGAGUUCCACGCCGUAACCGGGUUUGAAUGCGAUACUCACAUUUCGAUUGAGGAGUUUGAAGAGUGGAAAUAUGAUGGUGGUUUCUGGAGCAAGGUUUUGAGGAGAAAAGAUGGAACAAUUACACUCUUCAACCUGUGGACUAAGGACAAGGAAGCUGUAAAGAAAUGGAAGAAUGCAGAUCGCAUACGUCUUAUCUACUUGGCGAUCAUUCUUUGUGUGGUAUUGGCGAGAGAUGAGAAGGCUAAUAUCCCCCUGAAGUACAUCGCGGUGGUCAUGGAUCUUGACAGAGUUCGAAGGUAUCCUUGGGGAGUUGCUGCUUAUGACCUUCUCUGCAAAUCCAUAGCCAAAAAUCGUUCCCAACUGAAGGAAAAGACCACUAGCUAUGUCUUGGAUGGCUUCUCAUACGCCUUGCAGAUUUGGGCAAUGGAAGCGGUGCCAAAAAUCGGGAAGCUUUGUGGAAAAAAGCUGGAUAAGGGUUUCAAGGACGGUCCUAGAUGCAUAAACUGGAUGGGAGCUGCGAAGGUGUCAUAUGAGGAGAUCAUUCGCUUGGAGGAGAUUAUUACACCCAAGGAUGACAUCUACCCAUACAUCUCAUGGACAGGAAAUUAUGAUGUUGUCAAAGCUCAGGCGUUUCGCAGAGAUGAUGAUGUGGAGGAUGACAGAAUCAAGGUUCUGAUGGAGAUGAUAAAGAAGGGGCAUGAUUUUAGUGAGCAUGUUUGGGAAACUGAAGAAAAUGAAGUGAUUUCUUUAUCUCUCGAUGACGAAUCAGCUGUGAAUGAUGAAGCAAGCGUGAAUGUUGAAGCAGCCGAGAGUGAUGACGACUUUCAGACUCCGAAAGGAUCAAAAAACGUUGGUUCUAGAUCAAAGAGGGGUAAAAAGAGGCUUCCCGAUCGUGGUAUGGAGAAGAGAAAGCAUAAGGUUCUCGCAAGUGGCGCAAAGCAAGCUCCUUUUAAUGAAGACAUGAAGGCUUUUAUGACACAGUUGUUUGAGCACAACUUCUCUGGAAUGGAACAAAGGAUACAGAAACAGAUGGCCGAGACAUUUGAGCAGAUGCGGACAGAGCUUAAACAAUCACGUAAGGAAGCCAGCGUUGAAGUUGAGCUUGGAGAGCCUUCACCGACAAAGCCAUCGACGAGCCAGGCACCGUUGAGGAGGUCCACACGCGGGGAUGGUUCCGAGACUACAUUCGAUGUGAAUUAUAGUGAAGCAGAUGAUUUGGGUCGCGGGAUAGGUACACAAGGGGUUGAAGGGCUUUCUCAGACGUCGUAUGUGCCAGGCUUUGAUCCAUCUCAGGACAAAAAAGAAGAAGACUGGUGGACUCCAAUGACUUCGGUCCGAGGUUCAGUGGAUAAUCCAGUAAAGAAAGAAAAGACAGAGAUGAAUACAGCUCCACCGCCGUCACAGUGGGAGAAAUGGUGCAAAAGAAAAGGUCAUGGACUUCAGCUUAGCGAUUCACCAUUGCCAGAAGAUGCUUCUCCGCAGGCGUCACUUUAUUAUAUCUCCGAAGAGUCAUGGAAAGGAUUCACGGAAUGGGCAUUAAAGCCUAUACCUUUAACAAUUGGUCCUACAUGCUUUAAUUUGUCUGUAGCUACAAGAGUAGUAAGUGCUGGAAAAUGGCUUGGAAACGAGGUAAUGAAUCUUGUACUAACCUUUAGUGAAUUUAUCUUCCUAACACUUCUUAUAUGCUAUAUUACUUAACUUUCAUUGUAAAUUUUUAGGAGAUGGAUGCGGUUAUGUUUAUAUGGCGUGUGAACACUACAUUGAAUCGUUGGGCCCCUCGGCGUGUUGCUUUCAUGAGUGCUAUGUUUUGCCUCCAAGUAGACGCUGCAUACAAGAAGUUUUUACCAAACAAAAAAGCCUAUCAAUUGCCUGAUUUCCUUCUUGGGUACGGCAGAGGAGAGCUUCCAUCUCAUGGGCGGACUGAUCUAGUUUGGGGUGUUGAUGUUGAUCGACUCUACUUUCCUCUGUUUGUAAAUGGUAACCAUUCAGUUCUUUUUACAUCCUAGUAUACAUUUCUUCGUUUACAAAUUUUUGUGGACACGAACGCAGGUAAUCACUGGGUUGGUGUCUGUGUAAACAUCAUUGAAAGAAAAGUAGAAGUCUUUGAUUGCGGUCGGGGAAAGAACAGACAGUACGUUGAGAAGUUUGCUGCUAUCAUUCCUAGGAUUGUGAAGUCCGUUGCACCACAAGAAAGACAGAAGCAGCUACUCCUCUCAUCAUAUUCUAUCGUGGAUGUGCCUAUGAAGUUGAGAUUGAAUAAAAGUUGUUGUGAUUGCGGUGCAUACGCUUUGAAGCACUUGGAAUGCUCGCUGCUUGGUCUUGACGUCAGUUUAGUGGAUGAUGAAAUCAUUAUGGGUUGUAGACAGAAGAUUGGAGUGGACUUAUGGGAGGCUGCACACGACCCCAUCUUUGCUGAGGUUAUGACACGAUAU